AUGGCUUCGACAUCCAACCAUCUCAACUUCAACCUGCCUUCACCCCCACUCAAGGUCUUCGGCAUCACAUCAGACGGUCAACAUCAUUCGACCUUAUCCACCUUCGAGCCAUGCCAGGUCUUGCUAGCUCUGAAGCUCAUCAAGUACUAUGACAUGUCAUCAACAUGUCAACAACACCUCACUGUCUCACAUCCACCUUCGAGCUUCGAGCCUACCUGGCCUUGA